AUGAACACGGACUGCGACUACUCCUCGGCAUAUGUCACGCUCCUCACCGACUCCGCCCUGGUGGGCCAUGGGAUGACGUUCACCAUCGGUCGCGGGAACGACAUCGUGUGUGCUGCAUUGGCGCGGUCGCGCAGCCUGCCUGGUGGGCAAGGAGAGCGAGGAGUUAUUCAAGGAUAUGGGGAACACAUGGGAAUACAUAAUGGCGGACCCGCAGCUGCGCUGGAUGGGCCCAGAGGAGGGUGUGAUUCAUAUUGCGUCGGGCGCUCGCGCUGUGGGACGUGUAUGCGCGGGCAGGAGAUAAGCCAUUGUGGGACUUCAAGAUUGUGGUGGACUUCAAGUUCACCCGAGAAGAGCUCGUUAGCGCGGCUGCGUGUGGCGGACGCCAUUACCAAGGAGGAGGCGCUCGCGAGGCUCGAAGCGGGUAAAAAAAGAGACUCAGGGAGGCAAUUGUUAGGGAGCAAGGGAUACACCGACGAGAAAGUUAUGAAGGUCGGGGCCGACCCAGCUGACGACCUUCGCCGCGGAAAACUCAUCCGCUCGCUCAUCGACAACCCCACGCCGCUGCCUCCAAACCACGCGCCGUCACCGCCAGAGAGCAUCGCUGGGAAGAAUGCUGGGCCGACCGGCGCGGUGCUCAUAAUCGACGCGAACCAGAUCUGGGACCUGGACCGCAACGUGCUGAGUACACCACGAGCACUUUGCCAAUCUUAA